AUGCGGUCGGCUCUGAGGCCUUGUCUAGGAGCCCUUGCGCAUCAGUCCUUUGGGGGCGCGGCUCCGAUUAGGCAUGCUUCGCUCUUACGGACCUCACGCAUAUCUCGAUCCCAACCACAAUGGUCUUUCUACGCCCCUUCGUAUACCUAUUCCCACGCCAGACGAUUCGCGACAGUUUCUGAGCCCCCGACCGACCCGGUCUCCACCACUCCAUACUCGGAAUUGACAGUCGGAGUCCCGCUGGAAAUAUACCCCGGCGAACGUCGGGUCGCGAUCACCCCUCAGAAUGUAGCAUUGUUGCUCAAGAAAGGUGUCUCUCGCGUCCUUAUUGAGCGUGGUGCAGGCGAAGGCGCUCAACUCCUCGACCAUGCCUACGAACAAGCCGGCGCGACAAUGGUCGACCGCGACGCAAUCUGGUCGAAGAGUGAUAUCGUGCUGAAAGUGCGCAGUCCACAGUCCGAGGGAUCAUUCAAUGAGAUCCAGGCCCUGCGUAAAGGUUCAACGGUAAUUUCUUUCAUGUAUCCUCUCCAGAACAAGCCUCUUGUCGAAGCCCUCGCGGCUCGCGGUGUUACUUCUUUUGCAAUGGAUCGCGUCCCUCGUAUCUCCCGCGCACAGGUCUUCGAUGCUCUGAGUUCCAUGGCCAAUAUCGCUGGUUAUAAGGCUGUGCUGGAGGCAUCUAAUCAUUUCGGUCGGUUCUUGACUGGUCAGGUUACGGCUGCUGGAAAGAUUCCCCCAAGCAAGGUUCUCGUUAUCGGUGCUGGUGUAGCUGGUCUAAGUGCAAUUGCUUCCGCUCGCCGUAUGGGUGCUAUCGUGCGUGGCUUUGACACACGUCCGGCCGUCCGCGAGCAGGUUCAAUCUCUGGGUGCCGAGUUCGUCGAAGUGGAUUUCCAGGAAGAUGGCGCUGGUCAGGGUGGAUAUGCUAAGGAAAUGUCCAAGGAAUUCAUCGAAGCGGAAAUGAAACUGUUUAUGGAACAAGCUAAGGAAGUUGAUAUUAUCAUCACUACGGCUUUGAUCCCCGGAAAACCAGCACCGAAGCUUAUUACCAAGGAGAUGGUCGCUGCUAUGAAGCCAGGUUCCGUCAUUGUUGAUUUGGCCGCUGAGGCAGGUGGCAAUUGCGAAGCUACAGUUCCUGGUGAAUUGAGCCGCUACAAGGAUGUUACCAUCAUCGGCUAUACGGAUCUUCCUUCUCGCCUUCCCACUCAGUCCUCCACGCUAUACUCGAACAAUAUCACUAAAUACCUUCUCUCCAUGGCUCCCCAGGAGAAGUCAUUUGGCAUCGAUUUCAAAGAUGAAGUUGUGCGAGGCUCGAUCGUGACUCUCAAUGGUGAAAUUGUCCCUCCUGCUGCUCCGCCCGCGCCCCCUCCAGCUCCCAAACCCGAUGUGCAAGCUGCCGCCAAGAAAGAGGAAGUGGCCUUGACACCCUGGCAAAAGACAACCCGCGAUGUGACCGCUGUCACCGGUGCAAUGGGAACCACCCUGGCACUUGGCAAGGCCACCGGUCCAAUUUUCAUGGGCAAUAUGAUGACUUUCGGACUUGCUGGUCUGGUCGGCUACCGCGCUGUAUGGGGUGUUGCUCCUGCCCUCCACUCGCCAUUGAUGAGCGUCACCAACGCGAUCUCUGGUAUGGUUGGAAUUGGCGGCUUGUUUAUUAUGGGCGGUGGCUAUACACCCACCACAAUCCCUGAGUAUCUCGGUGCUGCCUCAGUACUCUUGGCAUUUGUCAACGUCUCUGGUGGCUUCGUCGUCACGAAGCGUAUGCUUGAUAUGUUCAAGCGCCCAACUGAUCCUCCUGAGUAUCCCUGGUUGUAUGCGGUCCCUGCCGUGGUCUUCGGUGGUGGUUUCAUUGCAGCUGCAAGCACUGGUAUGGCCGGUCUAGUCCAAGCUGGCUACCUGGUCAGCUCGCUACUCUGCAUGGGUUCGAUCUCCAGUCUGGCCUCGCAGCAAACCGCACGCCGGGGAAAUAUCUUCGGAAUCCUCGGUGUGGUAUCUGGUAUUCUGGCCUCAUUGGCCGCAGUAGGCUUCUCCACCGAAACCCUCACGCAGUUCUCAGCUGUUGCCGGAACUGGUGCUAUUAUUGGUGGCCUUAUCGGUCGUCGUAUCACACCAACCGGUCUUCCCCAGACUGUCGCUGCUCUCCACUCAGUGGUUGGACUGGCAGCUGUCCUCACAAGUGCCGGUAGUGUGAUGGCUGAUAUCGGCGACAUCACAACCCUUCACCUUACAACAGCUUACUUGGGCGUCCUCAUCGGCGGUGUUACUUUCACUGGCUCGAUCGUUGCUUUCAUGAAACUGGCAGGACGUAUGUCAUCCAAGCCGACAAUUUUGCCUGGACGUCAUGUAAUCAACUCCACGCUGCUGGGCGGAAACGUCGCAACUAUGGGCGCAUUCCUAACCAUGGCGCCUGGAAGCCCUGCCAUUGCAGCCGCAUGUCUGGGCACCAGCACAAUCCUCAGCUUCCUGAAAGGAUACACGACAACCGCCGCGAUCGGUGGUGCGGACAUGCCAGUCGUUAUCACCGUAUUGAAUGCAUACUCUGGAUUUGCUCUCGUGGCAGAAGGUCUGAUGCUCGAUAACCCGCUUCUAACCAGUGUCGGCUCCCUGAUUGGAGUCAGUGGCUCGAUUCUCUCUUACAUCAUGUGCGUUAACAUGAACCGAUCUCUCACCAAUGUUCUCUUCGGUGGUAUCUCGAGCCCUGCGGCCGAAAGCCAAAAGAAGAUCGAGGGUGAAAUUACGCAGACUAGCAUCGACGAUACCGUGGAGUCUUUGUCUAGCGCCGAGAACGUCAUCAUAGUAGUUGGGUAUGGAAUGGCCGUCGCAAAGGCACAGUAUGCUCUUUCGGAGAUCGUUGGUCUUUUGCGCGCCCGGGGUGUCAAUGUCAGAUUUGCUAUUCACCCUGUUGCGGGUAGAAUGCCUGGUCAGUGCAAUGUGCUGCUUGCCGAGGCCUCCGUGCCAUAUGAUAUCGUGUUGGAAAUGGAAGAGAUAAACGAGGAUUUCUCGGAUACCGAUGUAACACUCGUCAUCGGCGCUAACGACACAGUCAACCCUAUUGCUAUGGAACCGGACUCUGCGAUUUCUGGAAUGCCUGUUCUCCAUGCAUGGAAGAGCAAGGAGGUUAUUGUCAUGAAGCGCGGCAUGUCUAGCGGAUACGCGGAUGUGCCGAACCCAAUGUUCUUCAUGCCCGGCACGCGCAUGCUGUUUGGUGAUGCUAAGACCUCUUGCGAUGCCAUUAAAUCUGCCCUGGAGGCACGGAAUCUCUUUGAUAUUCUUUAUGAGAUUGAACCGCCUAACAACACCCGCUAUCAUGGCCCAGGCCGUGAGCCCGGGGUUGUAGCGGACAAUAUAGCCCUAAGAAUCCACUUACUUUGUAAACCAGAUGACUUUUUCGCCCAACCACCCUCCUUGUCCGCUGCGGGUUACGAAAUUCAGCGGGCACUAGGGGAUCAAACGGCCGAUUAUCAGACUGUUUGGGAGAGCAACGCUGGCGGUGUGACCUACUUGCAAGAGCCAUCAAGUGAGGAAUAUCUCACUGCUGAGUCGAAAUUUGUCACUAAUUCGCAGAAACUAGGGUUUUUCUUGCAAACUCCAGGGGAUAGAGGAAGGCUCGUAUCAUUAUUUGGGGCCAGCGUGAUGACCAGAGCCGACGGAAAGAGAUAUUUCAAAGGCAUCCUGGUCAAUUUCGACCCUGAAUCAAUCGCUCCUUUGCCGUUCUCUUUGCAAAUACCACGCGAGUGGGAGUCAACAGAUCUGCCCCUUGUAAUCGUUCCCCUAAGCAUCCUCCGACUUCAUCUCGACCAAACCCUCGCGGCACUCAGCAGGCUUAUCUUGCAAGUGGAGGCAGUUGAACGGGAUGUCCGAGACUCUUCUGCCGAUACAGACUUUGAUUCUCUCAUUCGAUUACUUCAUAUUUGCGAUGCCGAUCUGAUCAAGCUGGAGAGGAGUUGGACCUUUGAGGAGAAACUGGUCACAGAGAUCUUACAGGUUCUCGACAAAUAUCGACAGGCUUCAAGCAACUACCAGGAAGUUAAAUUCAUCCAGUGUCACAUUGGAAGUGGCGAGAAGGCAUCUAUCCAAUUCAAUCUCGACAAUGCGCCCCAAGGAAGCGACAAAACAGGACUCAAUAGCACAAAGCCUUUCAUGAAACUAUGCAGCUUUGUGAAUUUGCAAGAGCAGCGGUGUCGCGCUCCUGAAUACGACUUCAGUGUCUUGCCCCGACGUAUAACUAAUCAAUUCACUGCGGUAUACAAUCUCGUAGCCCAGCGGGAUGCCAAAGCCACACGUGAACUUGCUCUAGGCUCAACCAAGAUCGCCGAAGCUACCCUGCGCGACAGCUCUUCGAUGAAGACCAUUGCCGCCAUGACAUUGAUAUUCUUGCCAGCGACUUUUGCAUGUCAUGUCCUUCUUCGACUGGAAGGAAAGCUCUGGUGGAACAAGCAGCACAAGCCUUUGGAUCUACUUUGUGACGGCGGUCCCGCUGACGGCUUUGGUAACGAUUUCAUGGAUAUUUUGCACGCAGAGAAGUAG